AUGGGGGACGUCAGAAUGGAAUGGGUAAAGGGCAAAGCCCUGAAAUAUAUGGACGAAAUCAAUGGUCAGCUGUUUGAGGAUAUGCUUGCUGACGGAGAUGGCCAUCUCCGCAAUAAAUUGAUGUCUCUCUUAGACGAGGAGUUGUCAGAACCACAUGACGUCACUAGACGACUGUUCUUCUUGUACAAGACACAUUAUGAGAAGAUUAUGCAGGAAGACAAGCUGGCGAUGGAGCCGGCGAGGAGACCGUCAUCUCCUCCCUCAGAAACGGAAGAGGGGAUAGAAAAGUCAGAACAUCCAUCUCCAAGAGCGAAAAGGAAACGGAAGGGAAAGAAGAGUGGAGCCAAAGAAGAAAGAGGAAAUGGCGGUAAAGAUGGGAAGUAUGUCGAUAAGGCGAAGAUGAAGGGUAAGAGAGAUGCAGGAAGUGACGGAAGUGGAGAGGCAACUGAAUGUCUGACCGAGGAGGAGGGAGAAGGCAGUGUUGAAAGGGGAAUGGAUAAAGGAGAGAAGAAGUCCCCGGAAAUAGAGGAUAUUCCUACAGAAGGAGAAAGCACAGUAGAAGAAGAGACUCAUGGAUUGGAAACAGAAACGGAAACUGAGGGAGAAGACCAAAAGGAGGAAGAAAAGGAAGAUGAAGGUGAAGUUACCGACAGUACAGAAGGAGAGGAAGUGGCAGAAGAAAUGAAGCCUGAAGGCACAGAAAAGGAAAGCAAGAAGAAGAAAGGAGGCGGAAAAAAGAAAGAAGGUCCUAAAGGAAAAGGCGUUGCAAGAAGAAGUGGGAAAGCCGGGAAAAAAGGCCGAAAAAGCCCUACAACACGUGAGUAA